CCGGAGUACAUCUGGAAGUUUGAGGCUGGAUGGUGCUGCAUACAGCGUGGAGAGAUAAGUGAUCAGUGAUCCCUCAUCCUGAGUGUCAGUCAGGGAGGCUCUUCUCUGCGCUUCCAGCUUGCUCUUGUCUUCCCUCUCUGGUGGUCUCUCUCUCUCUCUCUCUCUCUCUCUCUCCCUCCAUCUGUCUCCCUCUGGUUCUUUGCUCUUCCCUGCCUUUAAUUUCUUUCCCUCAAACCAUGGCUCCGACCCUGGCCACAGCGUUCGCCAGGCGCUGGUGGAUGGCGGUGACGGCUAUCAUUGAGAAUCUGCUCUUCUCUGCCGUGCUGUUGGGAUGGGGAUCGCUCCUCAUCAUGCUCAAGUCAGAGGGCUUCUAUUCGUACAUGUGCAACGAGGAGGGUAACAGCUCCAGCUACAAUCUGUCCCAAAUCGAGGCGACGCCGGCACCCGACGAGUAUGACUACUACGAAAGUGAGGGUGCCGUGGUUGGUCUGGGCGACGGAGUGGAGAUGAGACCCCUUGUCCCCAUUGACGGGCCCCUGAGGAUGAACGGCUGGCUGAUCUGUAAAGAGCAGGAUGAGAUGCUGAACCUGGCUUUCACGGUGGGCUCCUUCCUGCUCUCAGCCAUCACACUGCCGCUGGGGAUCGUCAUGGAUAAAUAUGGGCCUCGCAAGCUACGACUGCUGGGCAGCACGUGCUUUGGAUUGUCCUGUCUCCUCAUUGCCUAUGGAGCCUACAAACCAAACGAACUCUCUGUCCUUAUCUUCAUUGCGCUGACUUUCAAUGGCUUUGGGGGCAUGUGCAUGACCUUCACCUCUCUCACACUGCCUAACAUGUUUGGGGACCUCCGCUCGACCUUCAUCGCCCUGAUGAUCGGCUCCUACGCCUCAUCCGCUGUCACCUUCCCUGGUGUCAAGGUGAUCUAUGACCUUGGCAUACCUUUCAUCACUAUUCUGGUGGUGUGGGCUGCCUGUGCUGGACUGGUCUUCCUGAACUGCUACUUCAACUGGCCACUGGAACCAUUCCCAGGACCAGAGGACAUGGACUACAGUGUGAAGAUCAAGUUCAGCUGGCUGGGCUUUGACCACAAAAUCACAGGGAAGCAGUUCUACAGCCAAGUGACCACCGUGGGCCGUCGUCUGAGUGUUGGCAACAGCCUGAAGCAGAAGGAGCUGGCCACUAAGGACGGCCACAAGCUCUGCCUCUCCACCAUGGACCUGGAAAUGGAGUGCAGGCCACAGGAAGAGUCCCAGUCAUUCUUGAAAACUAUCAUCAGCCCGAUCUUCAUGCUCAGCCUGGUCACCAUGUCCGUCACUCAGCUUCGUCUCUUGUUCUACAUGGGGGCCAUGAACAGCGUGCUGGAGUCUCUCAGUGAUGGAGACCUCAACACAGUGGAGAGAAUGGAAGUUGUGAGUCUGUACACUUCCAUCUUUGGCAUGCUGCAGCUGCUUUGCCUGAUGACCACUCCUGUGAUUGGUCAGAUCAUGGACUGGAAGCUGAAGGACUGUGAUGAUGGAGAGGAGGAAAAGGAACCCUGCAGCAAGGGGGAGAUUAAGAAAAAGCCCAGAGACAGAAAGACCCAGAAGGUGACCAAUGCCCUGCGAGCUUUCGUCCUCACAAACGUCCUUUUAGUAGGAUUCGGGAUCACCUGCCUAGUGCCCAAUCUCCCCCUGCAGAUUGUGUCAUUUGUCUUACACACUGUGGUGAGAGGAUUCAUUCACUCCGCUGUCGGUGGCCUCUAUGCUGCUGUGUAUCCCUCCUCCCAGUUUGGUAGUCUGACGGGCAUGCAGUCUCUGGUCAGUGCUGUGUUUGCUCUGCUGCAGCAACCCCUAUUUCUGGCUAUGAUGGGACCCCUGGGGGGAGACCCACUCUGGGUCAAUAUUGGACUCCUUGUGCUCAGUAUGCUGGGCUUCUUGCUGCCUCUCUACCUGAUCUGCUACAGACGGACGCUCUUCAGAGAGCAACAGCAGAAGAUGGACAACGCUAAGAUCUACAUGAAAAUUAACGGCUCCGACAUCCCCGAGGCCUUCGUCUAGAGAAAAUGGAAAUGAAGAGAAACGGAGAACAGCAAGUGAAGAAGAUUUCUUACUGAGAAACAUUGGCAGUCCAGUGAUACCUGCACACAUACGCGUUUAAAAGGACAACUGAAAUCUUAAAUAUCACAUUUAUCCAACGAUUACACACACACACACACACACACACACAAACAGACUGCCACCCCCAUUUUGCCAAAAUCCCACCAAGAUAAACUGAUGCUGCGGUUGUCACGGAAACGAGUCUUUUGGAGAGUUGCUGAGGAGAAAAGUGAAACGUGGAGAGGGAAAAUAAUAAAUAAAAAAAAGAACAAGAGAGAGGAAAGACUGUGAAAGGAAAGAGGCAUCAGCCCUCUGCAUUCCCCCAAAUCCUCUGAAUUCUCUUUUUUUAUUCCCUCCUCUCUGAGCGGCACAUUAGUGCAGCUCCAUUCCACACCAGACUGCUUUAAUAGUCCCUAUACGAGCAGAAAAAGGAAAAAGGAAAGCUUGUUUAGCCCACGAAUUUCCACCUGUGAAACCAGCAAGACUGCAAAAACGUCACCCUCACAACUACCAACCUUAUUAGUGAGUGAUUCCAUUGUUUUCGUUUGUGUUUAAUGUGCCGACUUUAAAUCAUGCUGAUUGUAAAUCCCAUAACACGGUGCUACCUAUCUAUUCAUCAGCUGGACUUUUUGACAGAGGGUGUAAGGUAAGUGUGGACUGAAUGGCAUUAACGAGUGGGAGGCAGGGGGAGGAGAGACGAGCCUUAUUGCUGAUGAUGAGUGAGAAGAAAAGACAGUCAUGAUGAUUAAUGAUGAGGCUUUUUUUUCUCUUGAUUUUUUUUUAUAAGGCUAACAUCUUAUUACAGUAUAAAACUACUUUAGCUUAGAGUAUACUGUAGUAUUGGAUGAAUGUCAGUGUUUUAUAUGGCUGUAUUCUGUAAGGGGGACGUCAAACAAACUGCGGCAUGUUUUGCUAAAAGCGAAAUGUUCAUGUAUGUUUAGAUUAUUUAUUUUAUUUCCUGCUUUGUUUAGUUUCCUUUUUAUACUUUAAGUUUGCCGGAGGUUCCCUUUGAAUAUACUUUCAUAUAAAAGAGAUGAUUUGUUCAUUGGUCAGCAUGUUCUAAUGAACUUUAUCUCCCCUUGGGUAGGUAAUACAACUUACCUAUACAUGUAGAUGUACUCAAUGUAUAUCGGCAUGUGUCCAUAAAACCAUCAUCAUUCAGAUGCCUUUGCUUAAAGUCAAUAUUUCAUUCAGCUUAUUUACUUACUAUUAAAAGAAAUGCAGCACUUUAUUCCGCGUUAAAACCCUUUAAAUACCACACACAUCAGCUCAGUUUAGCACUUCUCUCCUGACGCCCACUUUCAUUUUCAGCUCCUCCCUCCUUCACAUGUGUAUUUAUUUUUAUUUUACACUCACCUUCUCCAUCAUAAAUGUCAUGAUGUAUUUAAAUGUUGCUGUGCUGGCAACUACGCACACAUGUUGUGUACUGCUUGUUCGCAUAGAGCUCUUCCUUUAUCAUUGAACAUAGAUGUUUGUUAUACAGGUAUUCCAGUUUAAUGUGGAAGAAUUUGUGGCCGGUUAAUAAAAAAUGUGUUGAUCUC